AUGACACUGCUCCGUGAGAAAUUGUCGUCAUCGACGCGUGAUUAUUAUUACGCGGGUUUCGAUCGGAUUCCAACGACCCUAAUUACCAACAAGAGGUCGAGUCUGGUGGUUUUCCAACCAGGGCCGCAAGCGACGGCAAAAACCCUCCAAAUUCGUGCUGCAGUCAAUGACGUGACGGAUCCGGAAGACGGAAAUCAAUUGGGAAUCGAGGCGAUCAAAGUUCAUCCGGGAUUCAGACAAGUGUGGAAUGCGUACUGGAAUGACAUUGCAAUCGUGAGGCUGGUGAGUGAGUUGGAUCUCUCGGGUUUGAGUGUCAAAGCCGUUUGUCCGCCGGUCCAGCAACACUCUGGUUGGCUGCAUAGACGCAUUGGUGAACGUGGCAUGGUGGCCUCUUGGGGCUCCACGAAAUUCCAGGGUCCAACUGUCGACAAACUACGUUACGGAGAAUUUCAAGCUGUGCCAACGAUUGUUUGUCAAGCCUACGCAUUGGCAACGUAUUUCCGCCCGUUGCCAUCUGCGCAGAUUUUGUGCGCACAUGGAGAUGGAGGGGUUGUUAGAGCUUUAUGCACCCGACAUUCCGACACUGUGUUGUCGUCAAGCCUCUCAGCAGGUGUCGGAGACGCGUAUCCCCCGUCCAGUUCCUUACACAUAGCGACUGUGAAAUCCGCGGUGUCGGGAAUGAAUAAGUGA